UUAAUGACAUGCAUAACAUAGAGCACAUAAUAAUUGAAGAUGCAAAAAAUUCUUAUCUUAUUUUUAAAGAGGAUAGUACAGUCACAGAUUUUACUAAAAGGGGAAGUUUUACGGAUGCUAAUCAGUCAUUAUUGGUAUUGAUACAAGGAUUGGGAAAUAUUUGUACAUUAGAGGACUUAAAGUGGUAUGGUUGUGCUAUGGUUAAAAAAGAUAACAUGAAUAUAGUACCACGAAGGCGCAUUCAAAUGCUAGCAUAUACAUCUGGUAUUUUUUCAGCACUCAUGGUAUAUGUGUUGAAAUUCUCACAAGGAGUCUAUCACGCAAAUACAAAUCAGCCCCAACUUCUUAAUCGGGCAUUUAAGUUUCUGCAAUUAAUAUGCCGAGGAAAUAAAAUGGUGAAAGCAAAGAUAUUUGUCAGUAUCCCUCAGUUAUUAAAAGUCAGGACAGGAGUUGCUGCAGUUGCUCAUUUGCUGGCUGAAGUAUUUGAGAAAAACAGAGAGCUUUGUCUGAGAAUGAGCAAUAAUGAUAUUGAGUGUAUGUACACUCUGGCCAGCACUUAUCACAGUGACAAUAGUGAAUAUUUGGAUUUUUUUAUAGCUAUUACAGUUCUGAUGAAACCAGACACAGCGGAGCCUUCUAUUUUCAUUCAUCAAAAGUUUAUUUUUCAGCUUUUUCUGGAUUCUUAUCAUGAUUGCUUCAGUGAUGUUCUGAGCUCUGAGGGUAUUAGUAAUGCAGUAAAUCUUUUAAAGGAAUCCAGCCAGAAAGAUGAAGUGAUAUAUGCACAGAAUAAACUGCUCCAUUUGACUGAAUUUUUAGCAGCUUGUAGUGAAAGGUAUCAAUUUGCUAAAGACAAAUGUUGUGAAUUUUUCUCAUUACAUCAUCUAAUCAAUAUAAUAACAAACAAUGAAAUAGCUAAGAAUUUCCAAAAACCUUUUGUCUAUUUCCUUGAACAAGUAUAUUUACGCAACAAAAGGCAAUUAAAACACUCAUUGCUAAUAAUGUCAUUAAAACAAGUUGUGUCUCAAUUACAAGAUAAUGAGACUUCUGAAAGUAGACCACUAUACCUACUAUGCCUAGAUGAUGAACAACUGGAAGAAGUUAAAGAAUUACCUGAGGAUGAUGAAGAAAUUCAAGAAAUGAAAAAAAAAAUGAAGACUGGCAAAAUUUUGUCGCUAAUAUUCCUGUGAACACAAGUCGUGUAGCUGAGACUAGUGGCUCAAAUGCUAAUCAAUUACUCCAAUUCUACAAGAACAGGUUCCGCUAUCCC